UCAGCAAAGAAUACACUCAAAGGGUCAGAAAAAUUCUCAAAAGCAAGCUCAAUGGAGGCAACACCAACAAGGCCAUAAAUACCUGAGCCAUACCUGUCAUAAGAUAUGCUGCUGGCAUUAUAAAUUGGACGCAGGUGGAACUGGACAAUUUGGACAGAAAAACAAGAAAACUCAUAACCAUUCAUCAUUCACUCCAUCCUUGCAGGGAUGUUGACCGUCUAUAUCUGCCUAGAAGAUCUGGUGGCAGAGGACAUUUGCAAGUAAAACAAGCAGUCAAAGAAGAACAUGCCCUGGCAGAAUAUGUAAAGGAAAGCGAAGAACCUGCUUUGAUUGAAGUCAAAAAUCCUCAAAGCGCAGCAGACAAAGAAUCAGUACAAGAAAACUGCACUACAAACUAGAGCUGACAGCUGGCACAACAAAGCAUUGCAUGGACAGUUACUUGACAAAAUUGAAGGAAAAGCUGAUAAGGAGAAGGCCUGGUUAUGGCUCAUAAAUGGGACACUGAAGAAGGAUACAGAAGGCCUGAUCCUUGCAGCCCAGGAGCAAGCCAUCAGAACAAAUGCAAUUAAGGCCAAGAUCAAAAAAUCAGCAAGUGACCCAAAAUGCAGACACUGCAAGGCAGAAGAAAACUACGGGAGCAGCCAUCUCUUCUAACUAAAGAAACAAAGAACACCACUAUAGGAGUUUGACGAACUGUGCAUUUCAAAGAGUUUGAAGCCCUUUUUGUCAAGUCAUCCAGUUUGUGAAACAGAUGGGAAUUGGCUCUGCUGGACUCCUUUUCUUGGAAAAUGCACUGAAUCAGAGACUGUGCCUAAUAUGGCUGAUUGUGAUCUUUACCUCUACUGGAAUGGACCUCAACGCAUGACUUUGUUACCAUGGUGAUGAUCCUAACUACAGCUCUGGAAAACAAAGGUGCUGAUUCUCUAUCAUGCAGGGCUGAGCUGCACACUCCAAAGAAGAUGAGUCAAGGACCCACUCUCUUUUCUUGUGGAAUUAUGGAAAAUGACAGAUGGAGAGAUCUCAGCAGGAAGUGUCCCCUUCAGAUCGAGCAGCCAAGUACCAACAUUUGGGACUGCUUGCCAGACAAAAGCAAAGAGAGCUCCAUAUGGCAGAGAGAGGCAGCUAGCACAUGCUCGGUGACCAACUUGAUCAAAGACCUCAGCCUCAGUGACCACAGUGGCAACCCCUCUGCACCUCCCAGCAAACGUCAGUGUCGGUCGCUGUCUUUUUCGGAUGAGAUGUCUAGCUGCAGGGCUUCAUGGAGACCUAUAGGAUCAAAGGUUUGGACUCCUGUAGAAAAGCGGCGGUGCUAUAGUGGGGGAAGUGUCCAGCGCUACUCCAAUGGAUUCACCACCAUGCAGAGGAGUUCAAGCUUUAGCCUCCCUUCUAGGUCAAACCCGCUUUCCUCGUUCUGUGACCAGUCGGGAUUUAGCAACAGAUUUGGAUGUCAGCCAUGCCAAGGAAUGAGAAGGUCGGCCACUUACGGACAGGCAAGCGACAUCUGGGGCAGCGACCACAGUUCUAUAGAGAGCAGCAGGAUUGAUAUCCAGCGAUCGCUCUCCUGUUCCCAUGAUCAGAUUUCCUUUUCGGAGUAUUGCCUGCCCUCAGCAAACAGCACACCUGCUUCGACCCCAGAGUUGACAAGGCGUUCCAAUGGGCUUUCCCGAAGCCGUUCCCAGCCCUGUGUCCUUAAUGACAAGAAAGUGGGGAUUAAACGGCGGCGUCCAGAAGAGGUGAAGGAACAGAGACCUUCCCUGGACCUUGCCAAGAUGACCCAGAAUUGUCAAACCUUUAACAGCCUUAGCUGCCUUAGCACCACAGCUGAUGACUGCUCUCAGCAAAACCAGUUUUCACCUGGCCUCAGCAGCACCGAGGGAUGGAUCACAACUUUGGACGUCAUGCCCGGCAGGACCCCAGCUUGCACCCCUGUGCCAGAGCCACACUCACAUGCAGAAGAAUGUAAAUCUGGCAAAGAGGAGGAGUUCUCCUAUGAGGAGUCGGAGUUUUGUGCCACAGAGGAUGAGGGGAAUAGGAAGGAAGAAGAAGAGCCCUCAUGGAGAAAUGGUGGGACAGGAGGGGAUAAUGUCUUUCAUCUGGAUGGUGAAUUAGAUAUUGAGCAAAUAGAAAACAACUGAGAAUGCAAAAGGGAUGUGCCUGUCUGCACCAAAGCUUUCAGGAGUGGUAAAAAUCCCACCAAUGUUUCAUGCAGACAGAGAAGAAAAGUCACAUUCUCCUUCUUGGCAGGCGGGAGGGGACAAGGAAGCUUUGCCAAAAUUUCAUCAGGUAUCUUGUUAAACCUUGAAACUUUUUAGAACUACUGUAGCCCGUGAGGUUUUGUAAGAAAGCUUUAGAGACAAACCUCCAGAUUACAUCAGCACAUUUUAAAAAAAGCUUUGUGGAUGUAUAAAAAACUUGAACUUUAGAAUAAUGCCAAUUUUUUUUUGAAAAAAAUGUGUUUGAAACAGGGCUUAAGUGAAGAAGAAAGGAAAGACCAGGAAGUCUCUUGCUGGUCUUCAUUCACAAAAUAGGUAGCAUGCCAUCUAGAGAGGCAGCUGGUCCAUGCUCUAUCUGAUGGCAAUCCUAAUCCACUUUCGCUUUUGGAAAGAGUGGACUAUAUUUUGUUGUUGUUGUUCUUGUCAAUGUCAUUGUUGUUGGCUGAUUUUGAUUCUAAACUGCACCUCAACUAUCUUUUUCAAAGGUGGGAGUUUAGUGUUGCUCUUAGAAUUCAUAUUCCAUUGGAAUGUCUUUCAGAUUGCAUUUCUGAUGUCUCUCAAAUCAGACUUCUAGACCUUUGGUACAAAAUCAAGCUUCUCAGAUUCAAAGUAGACUGUUCCGGUCUGUAAGCUCAAUUUUUUAUAUCUGCGGUCAUUAAUAACACCAUGAAAAGACCUCCAAUUUGUUUCCCAAUUCAGCCAGAGAGACCUGUGAACAUAUGCAGGCUUUCACACCUGCAGAUGUAAAUGUGCUUUUUGGAAGCAUAGUCAAGUGAUGCAAUAUAUAUGCAGAUAAAUAAGAUUUAGUGAAUAAUGGAAAUUCUUGAAAUUAGUUCUUAAUAUCAGAAAUAAUUCAUACAGAUUUUGUGUCCUCCACUCCCUUGCCCCACUAAAGUGGUUAACUGCAUUUUGUAUUGCUGGUCUCUACAAUUACAUUUGGCAUCUAGAUUACCCUAUGGAUCAGCACACAGAACUGAAGAUGAUACCUUGUUUUGAUUAAUUCACACUUCCUAGGACCAUAGAGAAACAAAAAUAAUACAUUACACUGCAUUAUUUUCUCAAAUAUAUUCCUGCUUCAUUGAAAGACAGUAGCCAUGUUCAUACAUAGUGACAUCGACAUGUUAUAGGCUGAACCUCCUCCUGAUAUAUUAUUGCUCCUUUUCUUCACAAUCAACAGUUGAAGAAUACACAGAUACAUCAUGUCCUAAGACCAAAAAAAAUGCCCUCAGUAAAUAUCUAUUAUCUCAUUUUCCUCGUUUACAGUAAGAAGAACCUUAGCAAACAUGGGCAAACCAAUAUCUAGCUAGUUAGUAACUUGCCAACAGAAAGGAGGUUGUCAUCAUAUCAGAUAAUCUGAUGCACCAUUGAGGAUUUACAAUGUUUUCUAAUAUCAGGGCUCUGUAUUAUUAUUUUUUAAAGUUAUAUUUCCCCAUAAAGAUACAUACAAAGUUGGUACAGUGCAUGAAACCAGCAUACUUUGCAUAUGUCUACAAAAAUGGUGAAAUUGAACAAGAGGUUAGAGCUUCUCCUCCCAACCUUUGGAGAUGUCAUUCAGUCAGCCCCAAGGGUAUCCUGCUUUGUACUUCCUCAUCAGCAGUCAAACCAGUUUGUUUUUACCUCCAAACUGUCAAAAUAUGAAUUGAACUAGAACUGCAAGGCAUGAUAAGCUUUGCUUGGCCAUUGUGAUUGGUCUGACAAACACCAAUUCUAGUUUUAACAAAAUCGGUGCAGGGGAAGGGAGGAAAGAGUGCCAAAGCCUGGGCUUUGAUGUUAUUUAUGUACUGAGCCAUUAUGGCAUUUCAUUUACAGUCCCAAGAACUUAUAAGCAAGUUUGCAAUACCUGUAGUUAUUAUAAAGAGAUUCACACAUAAAUGGUUACAAAUAACAUAGCCAGUGGUGACAUAUUUCUCAUCCCCAGCUCAGACAAACAAGCAAUAAAUAUAUAGUCCCACUCAGGGUUGUUGUUGUUAUGUGAAACACAGACAACAUGUGUCUUGCUAUGAUGAGGCUGAUACAAAAUGCAGUUUGAGAUACUACUAUUCACUGCACUCCAGCAUUUCCUUCCUUCCUUUCUAUGUCUGUCUCUUUCUCUCUGUCAUUAAUAAAGGUGAACAAUAAGCAUGUACACUUUAGCACAUAUAACUCAGUUAAAUAAGCUGUUCACUUACUACAUGGAAUUUUGUUUUUGUUUACUUACAAGUGGGUGGGUGGGAAACAAAAAAUAGAGAUGAUUUUUUAAAAAAGAAACAGCACCCUAUUUUUCUGCACUUUUUUUUCCUACUGGGGUGUAAGAUGCUUGUGGCAUGAAACAUCUCAGUAGUUUCCAUCCAAGUUGUAGCUUUACAAAUGUCUAGUCAGACUGCACAAGUUUGUGUUUAUUUUUUGUUUAUUCCUAUGUUGAUUUCUUUUAUUUCCUCCCUAGUUCAUACUCGCAUAAUGUUCAAGCCAAAAAAAUGUUGUAAUGAAAUAAUCAUUCAUUAGGGAGGGUUUGCUUUAAGUCUGAAUUCUGCAUUUUGGUGCCACGGAGCAACCUGGUGAACACAACUGUUAACCUUGAUCUUCUCUAAAGGACUGUACUGUAUGCUCACAGUGGUUUUUUUUUUUUUUGGCAUAUGACAAGUUAACAUGGCUGUUUCCAAAACAGACAGGUGGUUUACUGACAAAAGCCACCUUAGGCGUGAUUUGGGAUGGAGUUCCCCAAAUUGAGCUAAAUUUCAGUCUAAUCAGACCUCAGUUUGAUUUUUUUGAAAGAUUCAUUCUGUUCAUAUCUUGUAGUUUUGUCACUGAUAAUGUUCAGAAAUUAAAUAAGGCUUCCCUCCUGCAUGCCCCCUACGAACCGUAUUGCUUCUCCUUUCCGCAAAGUCUCCCAGAUUGUGGGAUUCUGAUUAUGUAGUGGGUCUUAACAUCUACUAUGGAGGUACUGCUUCAUGGAGGUUCAACAGCAACCUAUCUACUCACCACCAUAAAGAUGGUGGGGUUGGUGGGAGAGCUGUGCCCAAGCUGAGGCUGAGCUUUGGAGAGGUCUCUGAGAAGUUCUGAGAUGGCAAUGUUAAUAUCUUAAACCCUCUAGUUCUAAAUGUCAACCACAUCACUAUGGUGGUUUGCUAUGGUCAUAAUUUCCUUAGCAUUUUUGACCAUUUAAAGAAAGAUGCUUGCAGGUUAAGCACACUGAAGGCGAAUCCAGUUUCCCCCUUCCAUUUUUCUACUAUAAAACUUUUUAAUUUCGGAACCUGGACAUCUUUUCAGCUUCAGUGUAGUGAGCAUUGACCAUGGAAAUAAUACACAUUUGAUACUUUCUUAGCUCUUCUGAAUCAUCAUAUAGAUAGAAAGUGCACCUUUCCUUCCUUUUCUCAGCUAUUCUUUGAAAAUAACAACACUGUGUAACCUUUACCAUCAUCAUGCAGAACUACAUCAACUUCUAUUACGAUAGUUGCAAGCAGUGGAUUGGAUUCAGUCUGCAAUCCUUUGUAUGCUUACAUGGCAGUUAAUUGAAUUCAUUUAUAUGGUUGUGCGGGAUAGUUACUUAGUUUAGAUCCCAUUGAAAUAAACAGGGUAAGAACGCAACCAACUUAGUUGGGGUUCAACAGUCCUGUUUACCUCUCAUUUAUUGCAUGCUCCUGAAGUGGCAAGACUUUCCGCAGCUUGGAUUGCAUAGAUUUCUCCAAAACGUCUUCUACUCUCUAGUGAAUGGUCAUAUUUUUCUUUAGCACAAUACUUUACAGUUGAAGUAACUAUUCCUAAUCUGAGGGUUCCUUUCACACAACACAACUAUGGUACUAUGAUUCCACUUUAACUGCCGUAGUUCUGUGCUAUGAAAUCCUGGCAUUAAUAGUUUGGUCGGUACCUGGAAUUCAUAGCCAGAGAAGUCUAGUGCCCAGGUCUUUAUAGUUUUUGCAGUUAAAGUGGAAUCAUAGUGAUAUAAUUUUAUAUAGUAUAAAGGGCACCUAGUAUCUAUAUGUGGGAAUGUCCACAUAAAAUACAUCUUGUGCCAUUUAGUUUGAUGCCUUUUGGGAAAGCGUCUCAGUGUUUUUAGGCCUGAUUUGCAUAGAACUUGAUUUAUGGCAGCUCAGUUUGCCAUUAGUUCUACAGAGAUGGCAUUUUCCUAUCCUCACACUUUAAAUUCAUAAGGGCUUUAAAACAAACAAACAAAUAAACAAAAAGGCUGCUACCUACAACAAGUUAAAUUCACAGAGUAGGAAAGUGCCCAAAAUGGACCACUACCCAACUCUUCUAGCUGUAGAGUAGCAUUUACUCAGCAGUAAACUCUCUUUGCCUUAGUAAAGAUGAUUCACUGAAUAAUGGCCUUACAGUGGACACAUCUGCAUAGACACAAUAAUACUUAUUCGCCUCAAGUUAGGCCAAGGCGAUGUUUCAUUGGAUUGUACUGCUUUUGGUUUUUUAUGAUUUUAUGUACUGAAUUGAGUUUUUGAAAGCCUUACUUAAAAAAAAAAGAAAUUAAACAUUGUGGAUUUAUGAAUGUGUGUGCGCGCGUGCGUGCGUGUGUAAAAUAUACGCACACAAAAUGAAAUGCCUGAAAUGUGUAGUAUGUGCCCCAUACUUGGGGACAUCCUUUAGAUUAUUGCUCAUCAGAAAAUAAAAGAAACUCAACUGGAUUACAGAGAACCCACACCACCUGAAAAGUCACUGGAUCCCUCUAAUAGGGAUCACUGGAUUCCUUCUGGACUUACCCAAUAUGACACAGAUCACUUGGUCUUCUAGCAGAUACCUGCCAAGUUCACAAAUCUUAUUGCUGACGUUCUCUGUGGACAAAUACAUUUAUUUGCUCAGCAGUAAAGUCUAAUAAACAGGGAGACAAGACCCGUGGCUUGUUUGGAGCUUGGAUCAAUCUGGACUGUGGACUUUUCAUGACAAUAGCAUUAAAUGUUGGCAGAAUCAAUAGUCCUUUCUAAGAACAAGUUCAAGCGAAAGACAUCUGCAGGGUGCCUUCUCUUUGUCUUAGCAUGGAUGAACUUGCUUACAGGAAUUAUGUCAAGCAUCUGUAGUCAUGACUGCUCUUUGUAACAGUUCUCAUGAAGUGUUAAGAUAUAUCACCAGAAAGGAUAUAUUUCUGGGUUUGAUUGUAAUUUUUCAUAAGAUAACCUAUCUUUGACAAGUGACAUUGUUUUUCAAGUGCAUUUUGGGGUGAUCCUUUUUGAACAGGACAGGAUGAUAUUUUUAGGAUUAUAGCUGUGUUUUCCAGCAUUCAUGUUUUUCAUGUUUGAAAAAAAAACCAAUGAAUUAAAAGAUAUUGAUUGGCCAAAAAGCCUUUUCGAAACCAUGAACUCUGGUAACAUUUAAUGUAUGGAUGUGGAUGUGUGCAUGUGCACAAGUGUGUGUGUGUGUUUCUCUCUGUCACUAGUAAUUGCACAGACGCAAACAUAUUGACAAAGUCAGCUCUGUAAUUGGUGUUACAUUUGUUCAAAAUUUGCUAUUACUGAAGACUGUUCCUUGACCUGAAUUUUUUUUUAAGACUGCUGAUUUGUACUCUCUCAAAUGACCUUAUUGCACUAUAGAGCAGCUCAGUCUCAGGAAUUUACUUGUUACUUUGACUGUGUAAAUAAAGCUUUCUGAUUCCGUAA